CCAAAGGUGAAGUCCCAUCAGCCUCGCGCGCUGCUUUCCCCUUUCUUCCUCGGCGCUGCCUAACGGAGGUGGCCGCCAUCUGCUACUCGGCAUCAUGGCUGCCCUCAGACCCCUCGUGAAGCCUAAGAUCGUCAAAAAGAGGACCAAGAAGUUCAUCCGGCACCAGUCAGACCGAUAUGUCAAAAUUAAGCGGAACUGGCGGAAACCCAGAGGCAUUGACAACAGGGUGCGCAGGAGAUUCAAGGGCCAGAUCUUGAUGCCCAACAUCGGUUACGGGAGCAACAAGAAAACCAAGCACAUGCUGCCCAGCGGCUUCCGGAAGUUCCUGGUCCACAACGUCAAGGACUGGUGA